AUGCUUGCCGCUGGAUUUCAAUAUACGGGUGACAGUGACACAGCUCGCUGUGAACAUUGUGGACUUGAAGCAUUCAAUUGGACAGCAGAGAUGAAUCCGUUUAGUAUUCAUUCUGUAGAAAGUCCUCAUUGUUCAUACGUUCGCUCUAUGAAAUCAUCAUCACUAUUGGUUGUACGUGAAUCUUUCCUCUCGUCAACAAUCGUUGGCCAGAAUACAUCAAUAUCAGAUGAACAAGAAAAUAGUUUUAAACGUCGAAAAAUUGAUUUAAAAUCACGAUUAAAUAAUUUAUUUGAACCUGAUUCACUUCAACAAUACCGCAGACAUAGCUUUGACGAUUGGCCACACCAUGGAAUUCUAUCAAGUGGAUAUAUGAUUCAAGCUGGGUUUAUUAGUUGUGCUACUGGUGAUCAAAGUGUAUGUCCUUAUUGUGAUCUAAUAUGUGAACAAUGGACACCAUAUGUAGACAAUCCUAGUGAAGUACAUAAGACACUUUCUCCUGCAUGCUUAUAUGUUAUAGAAAAAUUAAGACUUGCUGAACCACCACCUAUUAUAAAUGGUAGUACUAGUUCAGUGACAGCUAGCGUAAGCAAUCCUAUUCAUGCGUCAAAUAAUACCCAUUCACCCUUACUUAGUACAUUUGCUCGUCCAGUUGUGCAAAAUCAAAAUCGCAGCGCCAAUCAUACACUGGUAACUUCUACCCCAGCGUGUCCUGUUGAUAAAUCACUCUCUAUUGAAGAGCUGAUUCAAGCAAACACCACAUCUAUGGUAGACCAAUCUGAUGUAAAUAAAUUUUGCUGCAAAGACUUAUUAGAACAUUGGGAUCCAGAUGAUGAUUCAAAGGUUGAAGAUGAUCGUUGGUUUCCACAUUGGGCAAAUGGUAAACAAUUAUAUGGUAACGAAUUGUACCGAAAAAUUCAAAAAACGACUCGAAAACACCAACAAUUACGUGCUCAUUUAAAGAGAGAAAACGAAAAGGUAAAUCCUGAUGUUACAAAAAAUACCAAUCCCAAUCCAAAUAGUCGACAAUUAUUCAUGUCUAGUAAAAGACUUCUAUCCAUUGUUAGACGAUGUUGGCAAAGACAAUCACAAGGAAGACAUGAACGUUCAGUUUGUUAUGGUGAUUUAUUAAUUGCUCGUUUUAUUCAACAAAAGCAAACAGAACUUAGGGAAAAUAUUAUAAUACCAUCUGCAAAAAUGAAACAAAUCUCAGAAGAAGCAAUAAAAAGACAUCAAAAAAUAGAUGGACAAAGACAAAUAUCAGUUGAAUCUUGCGUUGUGUGUUUAGUAGAAGAAAGACGAUUAGCUUGCAUGCCAUGUGGUCAUUUGACAACAUGUGUUCCAUGUGGACAUUCCCUGAUAUCAUGCCCAUUAUGCCGACGAGAAAUUGAAAAACUCGUUAGUAUUAGGGUUAACGUCUAG